AGAAUACAUUGAUAGAAGCAUCUGUCAUAUGCUAGUUUUAUGAUCUGGAAAAGAAUAAGAGAUUUUUCGGGUUUCUUUAGGUUUUUGGUGUAUUUCUGUCACUUUUGUAUUUUUCCCCCUCCUCAUAGGCCAUGAUGUUUGAAUGUGAUUCCCGUUCUUUGUUUCCUUCUACUAGUCUAGGAAUUUCAGUGCAAAAAUCAUUAUCUUGGAAUGACCACCAGCUAUAAUGUUCCUGUCAAGAACCACACCUAGGGUUCUACCUUUUGGAAGGGCUGCCUCAACCCUUGCCCACUCACUCUUUCCACUCCUUCACAGGCAGCCUGGCCUCUCAUUCACCCUAUGAAAGUAAUGAAAUUUCAUGCCAUACGUUUCACAGUGGUAAAGGGGACUUCUGCUUGAGUAGUUCAGUGUUGAUGCUGCUUUCCCCCUACCUCAUUUAUUUGGUCCUUAGAUCAGUGUGGGGAUCCUCUAUUUGGCAUCUUCUUACCAGAGCACGAUAAUUCCUAUCUGAAAGAUCAUUUGGAAUAUCAAGCUUCUUUUCCAAAGUGAAUUACUCCUUGUUCUUUAUUACACAACCUCCUGUUGUGUUUUUGCUAUUUUGUAUUUUCUAGCAUACUUAUUAAAUAUAAGUGACCAUAUAUGGCUUGGAGAUAAGUUUUCCUUACUGUUAAUAUUUUGAUUAGACCAGUGUUAAAGUGAGUGCUUUUUUUUCUGCUUACCAUGUCUUGAUGAUGGAGGUUGAAGUGGUAACAUGGUGGUAAAAAUUUAUUAGGAUUGAAAAUUUACAAUGGGUAACCAUCCAGUAAUUAUAUGUGAGCUAUAGUUUUGAGCUUCAGGGUUUGCUUUAUUUAGUUCGAAGUUCUUCAAAGGUAAUAGAAAUUCCCCCUUUCUCAUUGGAGAACAGGAAAUAACUUUUUGUUUUGAGAUUUUGCCUUGGUGCAUUUUACUGAGGGUUAAACAAUGAUCACAAAUUAACUAAACCUCAAUUUGACUCUUGUCAUUCAGCAUUAGAAUAAAUCUGGGAAUGAUAAUCUAGGUAUGACCUAAAAGUUUAAUUCUUGGUAGAUUUCUGAAAAGAGAGGAAGGAGUAGCAAUAUCAAAUAAAAACUUUGUCUAAGGUUCAAUGGCGAAGUUCAGCCUAAGUUUCCGGGAUGUUUAUCGUUUGUCUCCCAGUAUGGCCAAAAAGCAUGUAUGAAGGUGAAGAAUAAUUUUUAUGUGUACAUAUUUUUUCACAAAAAUAAUAAAUUUAAAAUUUCCUUAGUAUCAGUUUAUAAUGAGGAUAUAAAAUUGUCUAUAAAGCAAACACCAUCUCCUAUAAUUUUGAGUGGAGAACUGAGUUGACUUUUCAGGGGUGUUGUCGGAGUGUCAAGUAUUGUUAUAGCUAUUGGUUCUGAAUUCUUAAGUUACUGCUCAAAGCAGGUCUUAAAAAUGCAAAUCGAUAUGUGAAGGCUUUUGCUUCAGAAAUAAUAACUGUGAUUAUGUUUGAACACUGACAGAAUGGUUAACCCCCCACACCCUAUUAAAUGUGUUGUGUAUCUCUCCCCCCGCACCACCUUUUUUUGCAGGUCCUCCAGUAGCCUGAGCUGAGUGGGUUAGUGCUCCAGAGAGUGGGUUAGUGCUCCAGAGGAACCAGCAGACCAACUUGGUCAGGAAGGUUCAGGAAGCUGUUGGAGCAGUGUUGGGAUUUCCCACCAGGAUGAGUAUGACUGGCUGUGAUUUUAGAUCAUAAAGCAGAAAAUCGAAAACAUGAAAGUAGACAGGACUAAACUGAAAAAGACACCUACUGAGGCUCCUGCAGACUGCAGAGCCUUAAUAGACAAACUCAAAAUUUGUAAUGAUGAGCAACUCCUCUUGGAACUGCAACAGAUCAAAACAUGGAACAUUGGGAAGUGCGAGUUAUAUCACUGGGUGGACCUGUUGGACCGCUUCGAUGGAAUUCUGGCAGAUGCUGGACAGACAGUGGAGAAUAUGUCAUGGAUGCUUGUAUGUGAUAGACCAGAAAGAGAACAACUGAAAAUGCUUCUCUUGGCUGUGUUGAACUUCACGGCCUUGCUCAUUGAGUACAGCUUUUCCCGCCAUCUGUACAGUUCUAUAGAGCAUUUGACAACUUUAUUGGCUUCCUCUGAUAUGCAAGUGGUGCUGGCAGUCCUUAAUCUCCUAUAUGUAUUUAGCAAAAGAUCAAACUACAUCACACGUCUUGGAUCAGACAAGAGGACCCCACUGCUAACCCGGCUGCAGCAUCUGGCAGAGAGCUGGGGUGGAAAGGAGAAUGGCUUUGGACUUGCAGAGUGUUGCAGAGACUUGCAUAUGAUGAAAUAUCCACCCAGUGCAACUACACUACACUUUGAAUUCUAUGCAGACCCUGGGGCCGAGGUCAAAAUCGAGAAAAGGACAACUAGUAACACACUACACUAUAUUCACAUAGAGCAACUUGACAAGAUAUCAGAAAGCCCUUCUGAAAUCAUGGAAUCUCUUACCAAAAUGUACAGCAUUCCUAAGGAUAAGCAGAUGCUGUUAUUUACACAUAUACGGCUGGCUCAUGGCUUUUCUAAUCACAGGAAGCGAUUACAAGCUGUUCAGGCCAGACUGCAUGCAAUAUCUAUAUUAGUGUAUUCCAAUGCCUUGCAGGAAUCAGCAAACAGUAUCUUGUAUAAUGGGUUGAUAGAGGAGUUGGUAGAUGUCCUUCAGAUAACAGAUAAGCAGCUUAUGGAGAUUAAAGCUGCUUCUUUACGAACAUUAACAUCAAUUGUUCACUUGGAGAGAACUCCCAAACUCAGCAGUAUUAUCGACUGUACUGGAACUGCCUCCUACCAUGGAUUUUUGCCUGUACUUGUACGGAACUGUAUCCAGGCCAUGAUUGAUCCUUCCAUGGAUCCAUACCCUCACCAGUUUGCCACUGCUCUCUUCUCUUUUUUAUACCAUCUGGCCAGCUAUGAUGCUGGUGGCGAAGCCUUGGUCUCCUGUGGAAUGAUGGAAGCUUUACUGAAGGUCAUAAAGUUUCUUGGUGAUGAACAGGACCAGAUAACAUUUGUCACCAGAGCUGUCAGAGUGGUUGACCUCAUCACCAAUCUGGACAUGGCAGCAUUUCAAUCCCAUAGUGGACUUUCGAUCUUCAUCUAUAGACUUGAGCAUGAAGUAGAUUUGUGCCGAAAAGAAUGUCCAUUUGUGAUCAAGCCAAAGAUCCAGAGACCCAGUACUACUCAAGAAGGAGAAGAAAUGGAAACUGAUAUGGAUGUUGCAGAUGUGACUAUGGAAAGCAGUCCAGGCUCAUCCAUCUCCGUGGAGCACCGGCUAGAUGUUGAAUUAAGAGCAACUGCAGGUUCCAGUAGCAGCACUAGCAUAUCCUCUGGCUCUGGCUCUGGCUCUGGCCCCGGUCCCGGUCCUGGUCCUGGUCCUGGUCCCCGUCCUGGAGUCCAGUGUAUUCCACAACGAGCAGCACUUCUCAAAUCCAUGUUAAAUUUCCUCAAGAAGGCCAUUCAAGACCCUGCUUUCUCAGAUGGCAUACGGCAUGUGAUGGAUGGUUCUCUGCCUACCUCCCUGAAACACAUCAUCAGCAAUGCAGAAUACUAUGGCCCAUCACUAUUCCUCCUAGCUACUGAAGUGGUGACUGUGUUUGUAUUUCAAGAACCAUCACUGCUGUCUUCACUCCAGGACAAUGGAUUGACAGAUGUCAUGCUGCAUGCUCUGCUUAUUAAAGAUGUUCCUGCCACCCGUGAAGUCCUUGGCUCCCUCCCAAAUGUAUUCAGUGCACUCUGCUUGAAUGCCCGAGGUCUUCAGUCUUUUGUACAAUGUCAGCCUUUUGAACGUCUCUUCAAAGUUCUUCUGUCUCCAGAUUACCUCCCAGCCAUGCGGAGGAGGAGGAGUUCUGAUCCCCUUGGGGAUACUGCAUCCAACCUGGGGAGUGCUGUCGAUGAGCUCAUGAGACAUCAGCCCACCCUCAAAACAGAUGCAACGACUGCUAUCAUUAAGUUACUUGAAGAAAUCUGUAAUCUUGGAAGAGACCCUAAAUACAUCUGUCAGAAGCCAUCAAUCCAGAAAGCAGAUGGCACUGCCAGUGCUCCUCCCCCAAGAUCUAACCAUGCAGCAGAAGAAGCCUCUAGUGAGGAUGAGGAGGAAGAGGAAGUUCAGGCCAUGCAGAGCUUUAAUUCGACCCAGCAGAGCUUUACUUCUACCCAGCAGAAUGAAAACGAGCCUAAUCAGCAGGUUGUUGGUACAGAGGAACGUAUUCCUAUUCCCCUCAUGGAUUACAUCCUUAAUGUGAUGAAAUUUGUGGAAUCUAUUCUGAGCAACAAUACAACAGAUGACCACUGCCAGGAAUUUGUGAAUCAGAAAGGACUCUUGCCUUUGGUUACCAUUUUGGGUCUUCCCAAUCUGCCCAUUGACUUUCCCACAUCUGCUGCCUGUCAGGCUGUUGCAGGUGUCUGCAAAUCCAUAUUGACACUAUCACAUGAACCCAAAGUCCUUCAGGAGGGUCUCCUUCAGUUGGACUCCAUCCUCUCCUCCUUGGAGCCUUUACACCGCCCCAUUGAGUCCCCUGGGGGCUCCGUGUUGUUGCGAGAACUGGCUUGCGCUGGCAAUGUUGCUGAUGCUACUCUUUCAGCUCAGGCCACACCUCUGCUGCAUGCACUCACUGCUGCCCAUGCCUACAUCAUGAUGUUUGUUCAUACUUGCAGAGUUGGACAGAGUGAAAUCCGUUCCAUCUCCGUAAACCAGUGGGGUUCUCAGUUGGGUCUGAGUGUUCUGAGCAAGCUGAGCCAGUUAUACUGUUCCCUGGUGUGGGAAAGCACUGUCCUCCUCUCUCUGUGUACCCCGAACAGCCUACCAUCUGGGUGUGAAUUUGGCCAGGCGGAUAUGCAGAAACUGGUUCCAAAGGAUGAGAAGGCAGGUACGACCCAGGGCGGAAAAAGAUCAGACGGGGAACAGGAUGGAACAGCUGGAAGUAUGGAUGCUUCUACCCAGGGCUUAUUGGAAGGCAUUGGCCUAGACGGUGACACAUUGGCUCCCAUGGAGACAGAUGAACCUACUGCUUCAGACUCUAAAGGCAAAUCUAAAAUCACACCAGCCAUGGCUGCCAGAAUCAAGCAAAUCAAGCCUUUGUUGUCAGCUUCCUCCAGAUUAGGUCGAGCACUUGCUGAGCUAUUUGGGCUCCUUGUUAAACUUUGUGUGGGGUCUCCUGUCCGCCAGAGAAGGAGCCAUCAUGCUGCCAGCACCACUACAGCGCCAACACCCGCUGCUCGAUCAACAGCCUCAGCCCUCACUAAGCUCCUCACAAAGGGCUUGUCUUGGCAGCCUCCACCAUAUACACCUACUCCUCGCUUCAGGCUAACAUUCUUCAUCUGUUCAGUUGGUUUCACAUCCCCAAUGCUGUUUGACGAGAGGAAGUAUCCAUACCACCUCAUGCUGCAAAAAUUUCUCUGCUCUGGAGGCCACAAUGCUCUAUUUGAAACUUUCAACUGGGCUUUAUCCAUGGGAGGCAAAGUUCCUGUUUCUGAGGGAUUAGAACAUUCAGAAUUACCUGAUGGCACAGGAGAAUUCCUAGAUGCCUGGCUUAUGCUGGUGGAGAAGAUGGUGAAUCCCACCACGGUGCUUGAAUCUCCACAUUCACUGCCUGCCAAAUUGCCUGGAGGUGUCCAGAACUUUCCACAAUUCAGUGCCCUCCGCUUCCUUGUGGUAACUCAGAAAGCAGCCUUUACGUGCAUCAAGAACCUUUGGAACCGGAAACCCCUAAAAGUGUAUGGUGGGCGAAUGGCUGAAUCCAUGCUGGCCAUUCUGUGCCACAUCCUCCGAGGAGAACCUAUGAUUCGAGAGAGACUGAGUAAAGACAAGGAGGGGUCUCGAGGAGAAGAGGAUGCAGGGCAAGAGGAAGGUGGCUCCCGCCGGGAACCUCAAGUCAACCAGCAACAGCUGCAACAGCUCAUGGACAUGGGCUUUACAAGGGAACAUGCCAUGGAGGCCCUGUUGAACACCAGUACCAUGGAGCAGGCCACAGAGUACCUUCUAACCCACCCUCCUCCAAUCAUGGGAGGAGUUGUUCGGGAUCUCAGCAUGUCUGAAGAGGACCAGAUGAUGAGAGCAAUUGCUAUGUCACUGGGACAGGAUAUUCCAAUGGAUCAAAGGGCGGAGUCACCUGAGGAGGUUGCCUGCCGAAAGGAGGAAGAGGAACGGAAAGCUCGGGAAAAGCAGGAAGAGGAAGAGGCUAAAUGUCUAGAGAAGUUCCAGGAUGCUGACCCAUUGGAACAAGAUGAGCUGCACAAUUUCACAGAUACCAUGUUGCCAGGCUGCUUCCACCUUCUUGAUGAGCUGCCGGACACAGUGUACCGUGUAUGUGAUCUGAUCAUGACAGCCAUCAAACGUAAUGGAGCAGACUAUCGUGACAUGAUUCUGAAGCAAGUAGUCAAUCAGGUGUGGGAAGCUGCUGAUGUAUUGAUCAAAGCUGCUCUUCCCCUGACAACAAGUGAUACAAAAACUGUGUCAGAGUGGAUCAGUCAGAUGGCCACCCUGCCCCAGGCCUCCAAUUUGGCUACUAGAAUCUUGCUUUUAACGCUACUUUUUGAGGAGUUGAAGCUACCUUGUGCUUGGGUGGUUGAAUCAAGUGGCAUCCUUAAUGUCCUAAUCAAACUAUUGGAAGUGGUUCAGCCUUGCCUCCAGGCAGCCAAGGAGCAAAAGGAGGUCCAGACCCCAAAAUGGAUCACUCCAGUGUUGCUUCUGAUUGAUUUCUAUGAAAAGACAGCCAUCUCCUCGAAAAGGAGAGCCCAGAUGGUUAAGUACCUACAGUCCAACUGCAAUAACUGGCGCUGGUUUGAUGAUCGCUCCGGGCGUUGGUGUAGUUACAGUGCAAGCAACAACAGCACUAUUGAUUCUGCCUGGAAAUCUGGAGAGACAAGUGUGCGAUUCACUGCAGGCCGAAGAAGAUACACUGUCCAGUUCACUACAAUGGUGCAGGUUAAUGAGGAAACAGGGAAUCGACGUCCUGUGAUGCUGACUCUCCUCAGGGUACCACGGCUGAAUAAAAACUUGAAAAACACCAAUGGACAGGAAUUAGAGAAGACACUGGAAGAAAGCAAAGAAAUGGAUAUCAAGCGUAAAGAAAACAAAGCCAAUGAUACUUCUUUGGCCCUAGAGAGUACAAACACUGAGAAGGAAACAAGCCUGGACGAAACAAAAAUUGGGGAGAUUCUGAUUCAGGGCCUGACAGAAGAUAUGGUGACUGUUUUAAUCCGGGCCUGCGUGAGCAUGCUGGGAGUCCCUGUGGACCCAGACACUUUGCAUGCUACCCUUCGCCUCUGCCUGAGGCUCACCCGGGACCACAAAUACGCCAUGAUGUUUGCAGAGCUGAAGAGUACACGAAUGAUCUUGAAUUUGACCCAGAGCUCAGGCUUCAAUGGAUUUACUCCCCUUGUCACCCUUCUCUUAAGACACAUCAUUGAGGACCCCUGCACCCUCCGUCAUACCAUGGAAAAGGUUGUUCGCUCAGCAGCUACAAGUGGAGCUGGUAGCACCACUUCUGGAGUUGUGUCUGGUAGCCUCGGCUCUCGGGAAAUCAACUACAUCCUUCGUGUCCUCGGGCCAGCCGCGUGCCGCAAUCCAGACAUAUUCACAGAAGUAGCAAACCUCUGCAUCCGCAUUGCCCUUCCAGCCCCUCGAGGUUCAGGAACUGCCUCAGAUGAUGAAUUUGAGAAUCUUAGAAUCAAAGGACCUAAUGCUGUACAGCUGGUGAAGACAACCCCUUUGAAACCCUCACCUCUGCCUGUCAUUCCUGAUACUGUCAAGGAAGUGAUCUACGAUAUGCUGAAUGCCCUGGCUGCUUACCAUGCUCCAGAGGAAGCAGACAAAUCUGAUCCUAAACCUGGGGGUAUGACCCAAGAGGUUGGCCAGCUCCUGCAAGACAUGGGCGAUGAUGUAUACCAGCAGUACCGCUCACUUACUCGUCAGAGCAGUGACUUUGAUACACAGCCGGGUUUUUCCAUUAAUAGUCAGGUCUUUGCUGCAGAUGGUACCUCCACUGAGGCAUCCGCAUCUGGAACCUCCCAAGGAGAGGCAGCUUCAACUCCGGAGGAGUCUCGAGAUGGGAAGAAAGAUAAAGAAGGGGACCGGGCCUCUGAGGAAGGCAAGCAGAAAGGCAAGGGCAGCAAACCUUUAAUGCCUACCUCCACUAUCCUUCGUCUUCUGGCAGAAUUGGUGAGGUCCUAUGUUGGUAUUGCUACCCUGAUUGCCAACUACAGCUACACUGUGGGCCAGUCUGAGCUGAUCAAAGAGGACUGCAGUGUGCUAGCUUUUGUUCUGGACCACCUCCUCCCACAUACCCAGAAUGCAGAAGACAAGGACACACCUGCCCUGGCCCGCCUGUUCCUCGCAAGCCUGGCUGCUGCAGGGAGUGGCACAGAUGCCCAGGUGGCACUAGUGAAUGAAGUAAAAGCAGCCCUGGGACGGGCACUGGCUAUGGCUGAGAGUACAGAGAAACAUGCCAGGCUUCAGGCAGUGAUGUGUAUCAUCAGUACUAUCAUGGAGUCCUGCCCCUCCACCUCCAGCUUCUACAGCAGUGCCACAGCCAAGACCCAGCACAAUGGCAUGAACAACAUCAUUCGACUCUUCCUGAAGAAGGGGCUAGUUAAUGACCUGGCUAGAGUACCUCACAGCCUAGACCUGUCCAGUCCCAACAUGGCCAACACAGUCAAUGCUGCUCUGAAGCCUUUGGAAACACUUUCCCGGAUUGUGAACCAGCCCAGUAGCCUUUUUGGCAGCAAGAGUGCUUCCAACAAGAGCAAGUCUGAGCAGGAUGCCCAAGGAGCUUCUCAGGACUCCAAUAGCAACCAGCAGGACCCAGGCGAGCCUGGGGAAGCAGAAGUGCAGGAGGAGGAUCAUGAUGUCACUCAGACAGAGGUGGCAGAUGGGGAUAUCAUGGAUGGGGAGGCUGAAACCGACUCAGUGGUGAUUGCUGGGCAGCCUGAGGUGCUCAGUUCACAAGAGAUGCAGGUUGAGAAUGAGCUGGAGGACCUGAUAGAUGAGUUGCUUGAGAGGGAUGGCGGAUCUGGGAACAGUACAAUUAUAGUGAGCAGAAGUGGAGAGGAUGAAUCACAAGAGGACGUGCUGAUGGAUGAAGCUCCUUCCAACCUCAGCCAAGCUUCCACCUUGCAGGCCAACCGAGAAGAUUCCAUGAAUAUCCUGGACCCUGAGGAUGAGGAGGAGCACACUCAGGAAGAGGACAGCAGUGGCAGUAACGAGGAUGAGGAUGAUAGUCAGGAUGAAGAGGAGGAGGAGGAGGAAGAUGAGGAAGAUGAUCAGGAGGAUGAUGAAGGUGAAGAGGGAGAUGAAGACGAUGACGACGAUGGCUCUGAAAUGGAAUUGGAUGAGGAUUACCCUGAUAUGAACGCUUCUCCCUUGGUCCGAUUUGAGCGCUUUGACCGGGAGGAUGAUCUCAUCAUUGAGUUUGACAACAUGUUCUCCAGUGCUACAGACAUCCCCCCAUCCCCAGGAAAUAUCCCUACCACCCACCCACUGAUGGUACGCCACGCAGACCAUAGUUCUCUGACGCUGGGCAGUGGCUCCUCCACCACUCGUCUCACCCAAGGUAUCGGGCGUAGUCAGAGGACCCUAAGGCAGCUGACAGCCAAUACAGGCCACACCAUUCAUGUUCACUACCCUGGGAAUCGCCAGCCCAACCCUCCUCUUAUACUCCAGAGGUUGCUUGGUCCCUCAGCUGCUGCUGACAUCCUUCAGCUGAGCAGCAGCCUUCCCCUACAAAGUCGGGGCCGGGCCCGCCUCCUGGUGGGCAAUGAUGAUGUCCACAUCAUUGCCAGGUCUGACGAUGAACUACUGGAUGACUUUUUCCAUGACCAGAGCGCAGCUACUAGCCAAGCAGGAACCCUGUCCAGUAUCCCUACAGCCCUGACCCGCUGGACAGAGGAAUGCAAAGUUCUUGAUGCUGAGAGCAUGCAUGACUGCGUUUCAGCGGUUAAAGUGCCCAUUGUCAAUCACCUGGAAUUCCUGAGAGAUGAGGAGCUGGAAGAAAGGCGUGAGAAACGUAGGAAACAGCUAACUGAGGAAGAAACAAAGAUAACUGACAAAGGCAAAGAAGAUAAGGAGAACAGGGAUCAGAGUGCACAGCGUACUGCGCCUAAGACAAACAGCUCCACUGAACGGAACCUCUCAGAUGGGACUCCUAUGCCUGACAGCUACCCAACAACUCCAACUGAUGCAGCUACAUCUGAGUCCAAGGAGACCCUUGGCACUCUGCAACCCACACAACAGCAACCAACACGCCCACCCCCACCAGCCUUGGGAGAGGUUCCUCGGGAGCUACGGUCCCCAGCUAGAGAAGGGGGGAGCUCUACACAGCUAUUGAUGCCUGUAGAGCCAGAGGAAUUGGGUCCUACGAGGCCAAGUGGAGAAGCAGAAACAACUCAGAUGGAGUUAUCCCCAGCUCCCACUAUCACCUCUCUUUCCCCAGAGAGAGCGGAGGAUUCUGAUGCACUGACAGCUGUCAGCAGUCAACUGGAAGGCUCUCCCAUGGACACCAGCAGCCUGGCUUCCUGUACCCUAGAGGAGGCUGUGGGUGACACCUCAGCAGCUGGCAGUUCUGAGCAGCCUACAGCAGGCAGCUCUACUCCUGGGGAUGCCCCGUCAGUUGUGGCAGAAGUGCAAGGCAGGGGUGAUGGGACAGGGGGACCUUCCCAGCCACCUGAAGACAGCUCUCCUCCUGCAUCCUCUGAGAGUUCUUCCACCAGAGAUUCUGCUGUGGCCAUUUCUGGAGCAGAUUCCCGAGGAAUCCUAGAAGAGCCACUGCCUUCAACAAGCAGUGAAGAAGAAGAUCCCCUUGCAGGUAUCAGUCUCCCCGAAGGCGUGGACCCCUCUUUUCUGGCUGCUCUGCCUGAUGACAUUCGUCGGGAGGUCCUACAGAACCAGCUGGGAAUUCGUCCACCAGCCCGGACUACUCCCUCUGCAAAUAGCUCAGCUCCUGCAGUGGUGGGGAAUCCUGGUGUGACUGAAGUGAGCCCUGAGUUCUUGGCCGCCCUGCCUCCAGCCAUUCAGGAGGAAGUGCUGGCGCAACAGAGAGCUGAGCAGCAGCGACGGGAACUGGCACAAAAUGCCAACUCAGACACCCCCAUGGACCCUGUGACCUUCAUCCAGACUCUGCCCUCAGACCUACGCCGUAGUGUCCUAGAGGACAUGGAGGACAGUGUGUUGGCUGUGAUGCCACCUGACAUCGCAGCUGAGGCUCAAGCCCUGAGACGAGAGCAGGAAGCCCGGCAGCGGCAGCUCAUGCAUGAGCGUCUGUUUGGGCAUAGUAGCACAUCUGCACUCUCUGCCAUUCUUCGAAGCCCGGGUACAGAGGGAGCUUUCACCAGUCGCCUGAGUGGCAACCGUGGGGUCCAAUACACUCGCCUUGCUGUGCAGAGAGGUGGCACCUUCCAGAUGGGGGGUAGCAGCAGCCAUAACAGGCCUUCUGGCAGUAAUGUGGACACUCUCCUCCGCCUCCGAGGGCGGCUCCUUCUGGACCAUGAAGCCCUGUCUUGUCUCCUGGUCCUACUUUUCGUGGAUGAGCCAAAGCUCAAUACUAGCCGUCUACACCGAGUACUGAGAAAUCUCUGCUACCAUGCCCAGACCCGCCACUGGGUCAUCCGCAGCCUGCUUUCCAUCUUGCAGCGCAGCAGUGAGAGUGAGCUAUGCAUUGAAACACCCAAGCUCACCACAAGUGAGGAAAAGGGCAAAAAGUCAAGCAAGAGCUGUGGGUCAGCCAUCCAUGAGAACCGUCCCCUGGACCUGCUGCAUAAGAUGGAGUCUAAGAGCUCCAACCAGCUUUCCUGGCUCUCAGUAUCCAUGGAUGCAGCCCUAGGCUGCAGGACUAAUAUAUUCCAGAUCCAGCGUUCAGGGGGGCGCAAACAUACUGAGAAGCACGCAAGCAGUGGCUCCACUGUCCAUAUCCACCCCCAGGCUGCUCCUGUUGUCUGCAGACACGUUUUGGACACACUCAUUCAAUUGGCCAAGGUGUUUCCCAGCCACUUCACACAGCAGCGGACCAAAGAAACAAACUGUGAGGGCGAUCGGGAGAGGGGCAGUAAGGCCUGCAGCCCGUGCUCCUCACAGUCCACCAGCAUUGGCAUUUGCACAGACUUCUGGGACUUACUGGUAAAACUGGACAACAUGAAUGUUAGCCGGAAAGGCAAGAACUCCGUGAAGUCAGUGCCAGUGAGCGCUGGUGGCGAGGGUGAAACCUCCCCGUACAGCCUUGAGGCCUCUCCACUGGGGCAGCUCAUGAACAUGUUGUCACACCCAGUCAUCCGACGGAGCUCUCUCUUAACAGAGAAACUCCUCAGACUCCUUUCUCUCAUCUCAAUUGCUCUCCCAGAAAACAAAGUGUCAGAAGCACAGGCUAAUUCUGGCAGCAGUGCUUCCUCCACCACUACUGCCAUCUCAACCACAUCUACCACCACUGCCGCCGCCUCCACCACGCCCACACCCCCUGCUGCAACCACUCCUGUCGCUUCUGCUCCAGCCCUGGUUGCUGCCACAGCUAUUUCUGUAGCUGCUUCGACCACAGUGACUACCCCCACGACUGUUGCUUCUACUAUUUCAACUUCUAGUACUAAGGGCAGCAAGUCUCCAGCCAAAGUGGGGGAUCUGGGCAGCAGCAGUGGAGACUUUAAGAUGGUAUCCUCUGGCCUCACUGAAAACCAGCUCCAACUCUCUGUGGAGGUGUUGACAUCCCACUCUUGUUCUGAAGAAGGGCUAGAGGAUGCAGCCAAUGUGUUACUGCAGCUCUCUCGUGGGGACUCUGGCACCCGAGAUACCGUUCUCAAGCUGCUACUGAAUGGAGCCCGCCAUCUGGGUUAUACCCUUUGUAAACAGAUAGGUAAUGGUACACUGUUGGCUGAGCUACGGGAAUACAACCUGGAACAGCAGCGGCGAGCUCAGUGUGAGACCCUCUCUCCUGAUGGCCUGCCUGAGGAGCAGCCACAGACCACCAAGCUGAAAGGCAAAAUGCAAAGCAGGUUUGACGUGGCUGAGAAUGUGGUAAUUGUGGCAUCUCAGAAGCGACCCUUGGGUGGCCGGGAGCUCCAGCUGCCUUCUAUGUCCAUGUUGACAUCCAAGACAUCUACCCAGAAGUUCUUCUUGAGGGUACUUCAGGUCAUCAUCCAGCUCCGGGACGACACACGCCGAGCUAACAAGAAAGCCAAGCAGACAGGCAGGCUAGGUUCCUCCGGUUUAGGCUCAGCUAGCAGCAUCCAGGCAGCUGUUCGGCAGCUGGAGGCUGAGGCUGAUGCCAUUAUACAAAUGGUACGUGAGGGUCAAAGGGCGCGGAGACAGCAACAAGCAGCAACGUCGGAGUCUAGCCAGUCAGAAGCAUCUGUCCGGAGGGAGGAGUCACCCAUGGAUGUGGACCAGCCAUCUCCCAGUGCUCAUGAUGCUCAAUCCAUUGCUUCUGAUGGAACCCCACAGGGGGAGAAGGAAAAGGAGGAGAGGCCACCUGAGCUUCCCCUGCUCAGUGAGCAGUUGAACCUGGAUGAGCUGUGGGACAUGCUGGGGGAAUGUUUAAAGGAACUGGAGGAAUCCCAUGACCAGCACGCAGUGCUAGUGCUACAGCCUGCUGUUGAGGCCUUCUUUCUGGUACAUGCCACAGAACGGGAGAGUAAGCCUCCUAUCCGAGACACCCGCGAGAGCCAGCUGGCACACAUCAAGGACGAGCCUCCUCCACUGUCCCCUGCCCCCUUAACCCCAGCCACGCCUUCUUCCCUUGACCCAUUCUUCUCCCGGGAGCCCUCAUCUAUGCAUAUCUCCUCAAGCCUGCCCCCUGACACACAGAAGUUCCUUCGUUUUGCAGAGACUCACCGCACUGUGUUAAACCAGAUCCUACGGCAGUCCACCACUCACCUCGCUGAUGGGCCUUUUGCCGUCCUGGUAGACUAUAUUCGUGUCCUCGACUUUGAUGUCAAGCGCAAAUAUUUCCGCCAAGAGCUGGAGCGUUUAGACGAAGGGCUCCGGAAAGAAGACAUGGCUGUGCAUGUCCGUCGUGACCAUGUGUUUGAAGACUCCUAUCGUGAGCUGCAUCGCAAAUCUCCUGAGGAAAUGAAGAAUCGAUUGUACAUAGUGUUUGAAGGAGAAGAAGGGCAGGAUGCUGGAGGGCUCCUGCGGGAGUGGUAUAUGAUCAUCUCCCGAGAGAUGUUUAACCCGAUGUAUGCCUUGUUCCGUACCUCACCUGGUGAUCGAGUCACCUACACCAUCAAUCCAUCUUCCCACUGCAACCCCAACCACCUCAGCUACUUCAAGUUUGUUGGACGCAUUGUGGCCAAAGCCGUAUACGACAACCGCCUUCUGGAGUGCUACUUUACUCGCUCCUUCUACAAACACAUCUUGGGCAAGUCUGUCAGAUAUACGGAUAUGGAGAGUGAAGAUUACCACUUCUACCAGGGCCUGGUUUAUCUGCUAGAAAAUGAUGUCUCCACACUAGGCUAUGACCUCACCUUCAGCACUGAGGUCCAAGAGUUUGGAGUCUGUGAAGUUCGUGACCUCAAACCCAAUGGGGCUAACAUCUUGGUAACAGAGGAGAACAAGAAGGAAUAUGUACACCUGGUGUGCCAGAUGAGAAUGACAGGAGCCAUCCGCAAACAGCUAGCAGCUUUCUUAGAAGGCUUCUAUGAGAUCAUUCCAAAGCGCCUCAUUUCCAUCUUCACUGAGCAGGAGUUAGAGCUACUCAUAUCAGGACUGCCCACCAUCGACAUUGAUGAUCUGAAAUCCAACACUGAAUACCACAAGUACCAGUCCAACUCUAUUCAGAUACAAUGGUUCUGGAGAGCAUUGCGUUCUUUUGACCAAGCUGAUCGUGCCAAGUUCCUCCAGUUUGUCACAGGUACUUCCAAGGUGCCCCUGCAAGGCUUUGCUGCCCUUGAAGGCAUGAAUGGCAUUCAGAAGUUUCAGAUUCAUCGAGAUGACAGGUCCACAGAUCGCCUGCCUUCAGCUCACACAUGUUUUAAUCAACUGGACCUGCCUGCCUAUGAGAGCUUUGAGAAGCUCCGCCACAUGCUACUAUUGGCUAUCCAGGAGUGCUCUGAAGGCUUCGGGCUGGCCUAAUAAGGCCCUGCCCACUCUGUGGGGUUUUUCUACCAUUGUUCAGACCUGGGGAGGGGGGAAUAUUAAAGAAGAACCGGAAAGAAGUUGUCAAAAACCAAUAAAUGAAAUCACCAACUCACCAUGUGUGUGUCCCAGCUGCCCCAUCUUCCCCAGUGCAUACCUGUUCCUCUUCUGCUCAUUCUCUCUCCCCCUUUCCCGUUUCCUCACCACCCCUUCCCUUUCCGUGCCGUCCAUGAUCCCCACCCCAUGUGUUUAAAAGGCAGUAGCCUUUGCAGGGACCUGUUUGUCCCAACUGUUUGAACAGUGUGCUCCUCAGAUUCUGUGUUCAGAAGGAUUUGCUGCAUUGAGACUUGAAACCUUUGGAUAGGGGAAAAAAUUAUAUAUAUAUAUAUUUUUUUGUUCUGUUUGCAUUUCUUAAUUUGUGCUUGGAAUGUGUUGAUGUGCACAGCUAAUGAUUCAAUGCGAGACAAGAUUGGCGUCUGUGUUGUGGAGGUUUCAAAUAAAGAGCACUCUUCAUAACUCA